AUGGCGAGAGAUUUAUAUGUGCUUUUAAUAGCGCUAGUGUUGCAGACCCUGAUUAGGACGAGUGAAGAGAUCGUUGAAGCGAGUUUAAUUCAAGUCUGGUCGGCGCCGGGAGGCGAAACCAGACUGCCGUGUGAUCUAGCUGCUUCAGUGCACGAAGUUGCUAUGAUGAUGUGGUUUAAGGAUGGAGAUCGAAUGCCUAUUUACACAGUCGACUUCAGAAACGGCCCACCAGUUCAUUGGGCAGUGGCAGGAGAGUUCGGCGCUCGAACACACUUCGUUCUAAAUGAAUCUGAUCCGUCAUCAGCUCACCUUGCAGUCGAUAAGGUGGCAAGAUACGAUGAAGGCGUGUACAGAUGCAGGAUCGAUUAUAUAGACUCUCCUACUAGGAAUUACAGGGUCAACUUAACUGUUAUUGUUCCACCUGAUGCGCCUCGGAUAUAUGAUUCUGAAGGGCGAGAGAUUUUGGGCUCGAUAGCUGGGCCAUUUCGAGAAGGACAAGAUUUACUUCUCUCCUGUCAAGCCUCUGGUGGAAAACCCCCACCGGACGUGUCGUGGUAUCGCGGUGAAGAGCGUCUAGCUAUUACAAAGGAUGGAUCCGUAUGUCAGAUACACUUGCCGUCUUUAUCAAGGGAGAUGACUGGUACAAGGCUACAAUGUAGGGUGGAACCACCGCUAUUGCAGCCACAGUUGAGAGAAGUGACAAUUAAGUUAUACUUAAAACCACAAUUCAUAAGAGUAUCUGGUGGAGGUCCUACGCGAGCUGGCAACGAAAGACCUUUUGUAUGUACAACACGAGGAUCGAAACCUGCACCCAAUAUAGAUUGGUUCAUUAAUUCACAGCGUAUUGAUUCGUCUUUGACACAGGUGGAAGUAGAUGGUGAAGUAACUAGAAGUAUUCUAACCUGGCGAGUGAGGAGAGAAGACAAGGGACGACAACUAGUAUGCCGCGUCUCAAAUCCGUGGUUCCCUGCAUACACUUUAGAAGAUCUACUCAAUCUGGAAGUUUUAUAUCCACCAGUCGCACAAAUAUCGUUGACUCUACCCAAAGAGGCGCGGCUACUACGAGAUGACGAAGAUGCUGAGUUACUGUGCUCGUCCGAUGCUUCGCCACCAUCAUACAAUUUCACAUUUUAUAAAGGGACAGAGGACCACCUUAUACGUGAUGACCCCAUAGGUGGGAUAUCAGUGGAAGGCAACAAGCUGUUCUUGAAAAGUCUUAGAAGACAUCACUCUGCAAGGUAUCGCUGUCGGGCUUGGAACUCGGAAGGAAGUGGUUUAAGCGAACCCUUAACUUUAAAUGUUUUAUCCCGACCAGAAUGCUCUGCGGGUAGCGUGGUCCAACAAUUAGCUGGUGCACCGGGUGGGGAGGUCAGAGCUCGAUGCUCCGUGUCUGCGCCGUCCUCUAGAGACGCGGGGCCGUUGAGAUUUUAUUGGACUUAUAAUAGCACCAAAGAUGUUUUACCGAUACCAGCACCAAACGUAACAGUUAUGGGAUCAAGUAGUUCUGUAGUCCAUGGGCUACCACCACUUAAUGGUGAAGACGACCUAGGCUGGCUCGCUUGCUGGGCUAGCAACGAUAUUGGAAAUCAAAGAGAACCUUGUCUGUUUAGAAUUAUGCCUGCAGCAUUUCCUGAAGCUCCAAGUAACUGUGAAAUAGAAGACGAAUUUCUCCGCUGCGAGCCUGGUCACGAUGGUGGAUUACCGCAGCGAUUUAUUCUCGAGGCGUUAGAGGUACGCCCUCAUGAGCCUAUUCAAGGAGAUGAAUCCGCCAUGAAUGAUCAGGGCAUAUCUGGCAGAGGACUCACAGAAACUGUUUAUAGAGCGAGUAACGACGUCACGCCACAGUUCCCACUCGAUGCCUUAUCGCCUGGAAGAUAUACUUUCCUCGUAUAUUCGGAAACGCCACGAGGAAGAUCCCAACGACCAGCUGCGCUACAUAGCAUUCCUAUACGAACUAGCGAUAAUUUGGACGUACCGGGUUCACUCCAAACUAUGACACCGAUGCCACCUCAGCCACCAACAAGUGACAACAGCGUCGCUCUUCUUGUAGGUGCAUCACUAGCUUUAGUGUUAAUGACGAUCCUCACAACACUAUGUGUCACGCUCGUAGUGAUGUGCAAGAAGAAACAACGGCCACAAAGAGAUCCUGAACAAAAUAACAUAAUGCGAAGAAGUGUAGGAGUUUCAAUGUAUAGUGGGUCGUCACUAUCGCAAAGUAUAAUGCCAACAGUCGUAGUGAGGGGUCACAGAGGGUCCAGAGUGUUGGCUGCUAGAUGGUCUGGAGUUCUCGAUGAUGCUCCACUUGCUGUGCUAGCUUUAGAUACUAGACCCCAUGCAGAUACAUAUUCCGGACACAGCGAUGGAGAACUCCAAGAAACCGAACUAACUCGACAUGACGAUAUGGAAACUCAAACUGAUACA